UGACUCUAGUUGCAAUGGCAGCAUAAUCCCUGAAAGUUCAGAUGUUCAUUCUGAAGUAGAAGAUACUGUUUACUUAGUUUUAGAGAAUAUUUUAGACAGAGUUUUGAGGAGUACAAUUACAGCUUUUAUAGUCCCAAAAAAGACCAAUGUAACGUUUGUUCAAGAUACAAAAAAGCACAGUCGAAAGAAAAGCUAGAAGAAGAAUACCAAGAGCAUAUACAGGGUGUAAACCUAAUACGGGCGAACCUCUUAACGGUGACACUGACAAAGCUCGUGCUAAUGUAGACGAAACGUUCAUGUCAAUAACUAUGGAUUUACAGGCAGUUUUGCAAAUACCUUAUGGCGGAGAAAGUCUACUGUACUACAUGAGAAAAUUAGUUCUAUUCAAUUUUACCAUUUAUGAAGCUAGUCUUCCAAAUAAUGCUUAUUGUCUUUGCUGGAGUGAAAUAAAUGGUAAUAAAGGCAGUUGUGAAAUCGGAUCAUGCCUUUACUACUACUUGUCUCAAUUACCUGAAACCGUGACAGAAUUAAGCAUUUUUUCGGAUACGUGCAGCGGUCAGAACCGAAACCAAUACAUUUCUGCUCUCUUAAUCUGGACAGUACAAAAAAUAGACCACCUACAAAUAAUUGAGCAAAAGUUUCUUGAAAGUGGCCAUAGCCACAUGGAAGUAGAUUCGAUGCAUGCAGCUAUUGAAUAUGACUCGAAAAACGUAUCAAUUAAUAGCGUUUCUGAUUGGAAAAAUGUCUUUAAAUUUGCUAGAACUAAAAAAACAAAGUACGUUACCAGUGACGAAGGAAAGAAAAAAAUUAAAAUUGAUAGCUAUAAAGUGAAAGAGUUUAAAUAUAACGAGAUGUUGGACUUGAAAAAGCUCAGUGCUGCUAUAAUGAAUAAUAAAAACAAAGAUACCACGAAUGAGGCUGUAAACUGGCUGAAAAUGAAAAGGAUUCGGUAUGUAAAAGGUGAUUUUAAAAUUUACUUUAAUUACGACAUGUCUGAGGAUUUUCGUCAGUUAGAUAUUUCAUAUAAAAAACCAAAUAUACCGAGAACAAGAGCUAAGAGACAGUCUAACCCACCAUCCGUUGCAAUGCCGUGGCCAGAAGAGUUAGAGGCAAGAUACAGCAGUCAGUUACCUAUAAGCAUUGCUAAGAAAAAAGAUGUAGAAACCAUGUGCCGGAAACAAAUUAUACCUGAGGAGUACCAUGGAUGGAUAAGAAGCUUAAAAAUAUUUGUCGGCAACGCACCAAAUUAUUCAGAUGAAGAAUAACACCGUUCUGACUUGUAGAUUAACUUCUUUUGUUUGAUUUUUUUAUAACUAAUAAACCCUCUUAGUAACAAUUACGGCUUUUUUAU